AUGGCUACCGACGACGAUAACUUCGACAUUGACAUCUACGGUGAUGGCACUUACAAUGCCAAUGAUUCCGGAGACUUCAAGCAGGAGGAUUCUGAGCUCGUCCUGGACGCGCCCGAGAAUCAGCCCGAGUCCAGCACCGGAUCAUCCAACACUGUCAAGCAGGAGAACACUGCUCCCACCCAGAAUCAGCAGCUGAACAACAAUGGAGCUCCAACAGCGCCUCAGCAGCAAACUCCCCACCACGUCAAGCGAAAGGAAUACGAGGACCAAUCGGUGGAUCCCGAUGCCACAACUGCGUUGCUGAUCUCGGAUCUAUCCUGGUGGACAACCGACGACGAUAUUCGUGGCUGGGUCAACCAGGCCGGAGUUGAGGACCAGUUGAAGGAUGUGACCUUCAGCGAGCAUAAAGUGAACGGCAAGAGCAAGGGUCAAGCAUAUGUCGAGUUCACCACCGCGCAGGCAUCGACCGCAACUAAGCACAGUAUUGAAAGAAAUGGUGGCCCCACGCGCAAACACACCGUGCACUACACCAGCCCACACCAGAACCCGUUUAAGACCCUUCCCAAGGAUACUCCAAUGCGCAAUGCUGGUGGUCGCGGUGGUGGCGCAGCCCACAACACUGGUAACAACUCUAACUACGGCAUGAACAACCACACUGGUGGCGGAUUCCGCGGCCGCGGCGGCUUCAACAACCGCGGUAUGGGUGGUAACAUGAACAACAACUUUAACAACCGUGGCAAUUUCAACCCCAUGGGUGGAUUCCAAGGUGGCGCACCAAACCCCAUGAUGGGUGGCUUCCAGGGUGGCCCGAUGGGCGGCAUGCAGAACUACGGAUUCAACAAUCGCGGCAACAUGAUGGGUGGUGGUAUGCGUGGUGGUAUGCGCGGCGGUCGUGGUGGAAACGCUAUGGGCGGUGGUCCCAAUAUGAUGGGUAUGCCCACUAUGACUCCUCCUAUGGGUGGCAUGGGCAUGAACCCAAUGGCUGGUAUGAACCCCAUGAUGGGCGGUGGCAUGGCAGGCGGCAUGGGAGGCAACAUGCCGAUGCAAGGACAACAAGGUUUCCAAGGCCCCAACCCCGGAUUUAAUCAAGGCUACUAUAACCCCAACAAUCAGGGUGCUGGCUCCGAUGGAGGUUCCUGGAACCCUCACGGCGCGAAGCGCAGCCGCCAAGACUAG